AUGGCUGUCUUACCGCAAGGAGCCGGCUGGGCGGUUGUCCUGGGCUUCGGCGUCUUUUUUUCGCUUUUAAUUACCCUCAUUACGUACUUGCUCAAACGUUACAUGCAAGAAGAGCAGACAUCUGAGAUGUUUGCGACCGCCGGAAGAUCCAUGAAAACAGGCCUGGUUGCCUGUGCGGUUGUUAGUUCCUGGACCUGGGCUGCUACCCUUUUGCAAAGUUCUAGUGUUGCAUACCAAUACGGCAUUUCCGGACCCUUCUGGUACGCGGCCGGAGCAACUAUUCAAGUUCUUUUAUUCGCAAUUCUGGCCAUCCAAGUUAAACGCGUAGCACCGAAUGCGCACACCUUCUUGGAGAUUGUGAAUGCCCGCUAUGGCAAAACUGCACAUAUUGUUUUCAUCCUCUUUGGGCUGGCUUGUAACUUGGUUGUCACUGCAAUGCUUCUGCUUGGAGGCUCCGCGGUUGUUACUCAACUCACUGGCAUGAACAUCUAUGCUGCGUGUAUGCUCAUUCCACUGGGUGUGAUUGCGUACGUCGCAUUCGGUGGGCUCAAGGCCACAUUCUUGACCGAUUAUUCGCACACCGCAGUCAUCUACAUAAUUAUUCUGGUGUUUGGCUUCACGGUUUAUGCAACAAGCGAGUAUAUUGGAUCUCCCGGGAAGAUGUUCGAUUUACUCAAAGCUGCUGCUAUUCGUGCUCCUGUUCCGGAUAACGAAGAUGGUCAAUACUUGACCAUGACAUCGCUGCAAGGACUGAUCUUUGGAUUGAUCAACAUCGUUGGAAAUUUCGGCACUGUGUUUGUUGACCAGGCUUACUGGCAGCGAGCCAUCGCAGCCCGACCCAGCUCUACUGUCAAGGCAUACCUUGUCGGUGGAUUGGCCUGGUUUGCAAUCCCAUUCUUCCUUGCAACAACACUCGGUUUGGCCGCGGUAGCUCUAGAGUCCAACCCCAUCUUUCCGACGUAUCCCGAGAGACUCCUCAUCGCUGAUGUUCACGCCGGGCUCGUAGCUCCAGCUGCAGCUGUGGCCCUUCUUGGUACAUCCGGAGCUGCCGCUAUUCUCAUUCUUAUUUUCAUGGCCGUUACUUCGGCAGCCUCGGCCGAGUUGGUCGCUGUUAGCUCCAUUUGCACUUACGACAUCUACAAAACGUACAUCAAACCGAGCGCAACCAGCAAAGAUAUCAUCAAGAUGGCGCACAUCACCACCGUCGGGUUUGGGUGCUUUAUGGGUAUUCUCGCGAUCGUUUUGAACGAAAUCGGUGUUAGCCUGGGAUACUUGUACCUGUUGAUGGGGGUCCUUCUCUCUCCCGCAGUUUUCCCCAUUGCAUUUACGCUGACCUGGAGAAAACAGACGGCAACAGGAGCCAUUGCGGGUGCCGUUACCGGAUUUGUUUGCGGAGUCUCUCUUUGGCUUAUAGUUACAAAAGCAUACUACGGAGAGAUCAACAUUGACACUACUGGAGGCAACUACCCAAUGCUUGCUGGCAAUCUAGCUUCCCUUAUUAUCUCGGGCAUAGUAUCAACAGCGGUAUCUCUUUACAAUCCUGAUGACUUUGACUGGGAAAGUACAAAGAAUUUGAAGCAAUUGACGGAUACCCCCAGCGAGGAGCACAUUCUGGACGAGAAAGAAACUGACCCGAAGAGGCUGGAUAACGCAGCUAGGUUUGCGUAUAUCUGGGCUGGUGGCUUGACAGUGGUACUGGUGAUAAUCUGGCCCAUUCCGAUGUAUCUUUCCAAGUACGUCUUUUCCAAGCCAUUCUUUUACGGCUGGAUUGUAGUGGGUUUGAUUUGGGCCAUCCUCGCGGCGGCGGUCGUCAUCUUCCUUCCGAUAUGGGAAUCACGGAGUUCUCUUGUGUCAGUUUUCAGUGGGAUGGUGUCGGAUCUGACGGGACGCCCGAGGACUACACCUGCUGGACAUGAUGAAAUUGUAGUGCAGAAGACUGUCAUGGAGAAGGCAGAUUCCAGCAUGACUAUGUAGUAUUGUAU